UGAAAGAUGGGACUAACUGGGAACACAAUGAAGAGAUACCUCGUAUACCAGGAGAAAUGAGAAUCACAGAUAAGGAAGUUAUUUACAUGUGUCCGUUUAAUGGCCCCGUUAAAGGAAGAGUGUACAUAACAAACUACAGAAUGUACUUAAGAAGUGUGGAAUCCGAUCCUGUUGUGGUGUUAGAUGUUCCUCUGGGUGUAAUUUCAAGGAUUGAGAAAAUGGGAGGAGCUUCAAGUAGGGGAGAAAACUCAUAUGGAUUAGAUAUUACUUGUAAGGACAUGAGAAAUUUGCGCUUUGCUUUGAAACAAGAAGGUCACAGCAGGAGAGAUAUAUUUGAAGUCUUGACCAAAUACGCUUUUCCACAGUCGCAGAACUUGCAAUUUUUUGCAUUUCUGAACGAAGAGAAGUUUCCUGAAAAUGGUUGGCUGGUUUACAAUCCCAUGGUUGAAUACAGGAGACAGGGUCUGCCCAAUGGUCAGUGGAGGGUAACGUUUCUCAACGAGCAUUAUGCACUGUGUGACACAUAUCCUUCCCUUUUGGUGGUGCCGUAUAAUGCUACAGAUGAGGAUCUCAAGAAAGUUUCUGCUUUUAGAUCCCGAUGUAGAAUACCAGUUUUGUCGUGGAUACAUCCAGAGAACCAGGCAGUUAUCACACGUUCCAGCCAACCGCUUGUUGGCAUGAGUGGCAAAAGAAACAAAGAUGAUGAACGGUAUCUGGAAAUCAUAAGGGAAACUAAUGGCCAGAUCUCAAAACUGACUAUCUAUGAUGCAAGGCCUAGUGUAAAUGCUGUAGCCAAUAAGGCAACUGGUGGGGGAUAUGAAAGCGACGAUGCAUAUUCCAAUGCAGAGCUGAUCUUCCUCGAUAUCCACAAUAUUCAUGUCAUGCGGGAAUCCUUAAAAAAGUUGAAGGACAUUGUUUACCCUCAUGUAGAAGAAUCGCAUUGGCUGUCCAGUCUGGAGUCCACACACUGGCUUGAGCAUAUCAAGCUGGUUUUGACAGGUGCCAUUCAAGUAGCAGACAAAGUGUCCUCUGGAAAGAGCUCCGUCUUGGUGCACUGCAGCGAUGGUUGGGACCGAACCGCCCAGCUGACCUCUCUGGCUAUGUUGAUGUUGGACAGUUACUACAGGACAAUUGUGGGCUUCGAAGUCUUGGUGCAAAAGGAAUGGAUAAGCUUCGGACACAAGUUUGCAUCGAGAAUUGGCCAUGGAGACAAAAAUCAUGCUGAUGCUGACAGAUCACCCAUUUUCCUCCAGUUUAUUGACUGUGUGUGGCAGAUGUCUAAGCAAUUUCCUACAGCUUUUGAAUUCAAUGAGCAAUUUUUGAUUACUAUUCUGGAUCACUUGUACAGCUGCCGCUUUGGUACAUUCUUGUAUAGCUGUGAUUCUGUAAGAGAAAGAGAGAAGUUGAGUGAGAAAACUGUGUCUCUGUGGUCACUGAUCAACAGUGCAAAAUCGAAGUAUAUUAAUCCCUUUUAUACUAAAGAAUUGAAUCGCGCUCUUUAUCCAGUUGCAAGUAUGCGCCACUUGGAGCUCUGGGUCAAUUAUUACAUCCGAUGGAAUCCGAGGAUUAGACAGCAACAGCAGAAUCCUGUGGAACAGCGUUACAUGGAGCUACUAGCACUGCGUGAUGAUUACAUGAGGCGGCUAGAAGAACUGCAAAUAACAAACAAUCCAAAAAUUUCCAAUUCGUCUUCCUCGUCCUCUUCCUCGCAGAUGAUGUCCCAUGUGCAAACUCACUUUUGAGGGAGAAUGGUUGGCUUUUCUUGGAAAUUUGUCAUCAUAAGUGGUGCUUAUUCUGCUGUAAUGGACAAGAGAAUACAUCGAUGCCUUAUGUAUAGCUUCUUCCUGAACUCUUUGUCCCUAUAAGAGAGGGUUUGUAGAAAAGUGGGCUUUUCAAAUGGAUUUAUGUGCCUUUCAAAACCUAUGGCCUGGGAACGUUGUUAUCUAACUAGCAGUCAGAAU